AUGGCUGCAGCGGUUGCUCAUACACACCUUGUUGCUCAUACUUAUCACAUGGAUAUCAAGCCUGGAAAUUUCUUACUGGACGAAGAGUCGAAUCUUGUGCUUAUUAAUUGGGAGCAAAGUGAUGCACCCGUCACCACAGCAGCCCUAGAGAUUGAUGGGACGUGGGACAUUGAAGAAAUACGCAGUGAAAACCAAACCACCACCCUUCGAUACACAAAAUACACGGGACCAGAGAGAUGUAACAUGCCAAUACAUGCCAAUUACCACACCAAGAAAUCAUGGCUGGAACACCUCGACAAAUUCGACGAUAUAACAUGCACAGAAGAAGUGGUGGAGGAUUGGGAGUCGUCAGAGAAUAUCCCGGAGCAUUGGAAGCGUGUGGUAGAGGAUUGCCUUCAUAAGGACCCGAAUAAGAGGAUUGGCCUCCGCGAGCUUGUUGCUUUCUGGGAUAGUGAAAGACAAGCAAUGUAUGAACGUAAUACCUGA